CUCAAUCUUCAAUCUUCAUGAAAUUAUUGCAUCAUUCAGAAAUUACGUUCAAAACCUUUUGCCUCUGAGGGAAAUCAAUAAAACGGCAAAAGAAAGUUAACAGCUUUCUAGAAUUUUGUCAAUUGGCGCAAAUUAUGGAGUUUGUUCUUCUUCCUAUUCUCACUCUUUGGCUCCAAUUUUCUACCACCUGUUUUCUGUUGCGCACAUGCCCAUUUUCACGAGCCAAAGUCAGACAGGGAGCAGUUUAUGAAAUUCUGCAAGAAAGUUGAAUACACAAUUCGAGCAUGGUAUCUAGUGAAAUUCGAAGAGAUGAUGCAAUUGCACACCCUUUUUGAUCCUGUUCAUGGGGCUUGCAAGUUGGAAGAGCAGAACUUGUCUCAAGAAGAAAUCGAUGAACUUGAGCAGAAGUUCCUUGAGCAUCUCUUUGAGAUGAUGAACAAGAGUAAUUUCAAAAUUGUUACCAAUGAUGAAGUUGAAGUUGCAGUUUCUGGGAAAUAUCGUCUAAAUUUUCCUAUCAAAGUUGAUGAGACAAAGCUUGACACCUCGCUCUUAAAGCAAUUUUUCACUAAACAUCCUCAUGAUCACCUUCCAUACUUUGCUAACCAGUACAUAAUUUUCCGGCGUGGUUUUGGAAUUGAUCAUAUGAGUUCUUACUUUAUUCAAUGGAAAAUCGACACUAUUAUUUCACGUAUUUGGCAAGGAUUUUUGAAAUUCACUGGCCUGAAAAGGUUCUUAUCAAGGAAAAAAAGGUUGAGUUAUAUGAAAAGUCAAGAAUCAGAUGGAAUAUCUGUACAAGAUGAAGAGGAGGGCAAUGAUGUUGAUGAUGAUGGGGAUGAGCAAGACCUAUUUAUUGAAAGGGUUCGCAUCCAAAAUAUGACUCUCAGUAUUGGCAACUUAUUGAGUAAGACGACAAUUCAAGAACCAACCUUUGAGAGGAUUAUAAUUGUAUACCGGUUACAAUCUAGGGAGGCAGAUUGUAGGGGAAUUUAUGUCAAGCACUUCAAAAACAUUCCCAUGGCUGAUAUGGAAAUAGUUCUUCCUGAAAAGAAGAAUCCUGGACUAACGCCACUUGAUUGGGUUAAGUUUCUGAUUUCAGCUGCCAUUGGACUGGUAACUGUAGCCUCUCAGCUUGCCAAGUCCAAAGCUGAUAUAAAAGUCUUGGCAACUGUCUGCUCUGCGGUAGCUGGUUAUGUUGCUAAAACAUAUUUCACGUAUAAUAAGAAUUUGAGGGAUUAUCAGAAUUUAAUCACAAGAUCGAUGUAUGACAAACAACUAGAUAGUGGGAGAGGCACUUUGCUUCACCUAUGUGAUGAUGUGAUCCAACAGGAAGUUAAAGAAGUUAUUGUUUCUUUCUUUGUGCUGAUGGAACACGGAAAAUUCAACAGGCAGGGUCUUGACCAGAGAUGUGAGGAACUUAUCAAAGAGAAAUUCAACGAGAGCUGCAAUUUCGAUGUUGAUGAUGCAAUUCAGAAGUUAGAGAAGCUGGGCAUUGUUUAUAAGAACCAGGAUGGGCUGUACUCAUCGGUUGAUGUGAAAGACGCAAAUGAGAUGUUAGGCACUACCACAGAGGAAGUUGUGACCAAUGCUGUGCAUCAGCUUACUUUUCAUUCAUGAUCCCUUCUUUUUUUUUGGUGUCGGGUUGAAAGAUAUGAGUAGCAAUUACAACCAAUUGGAUAAAAAGUGCAUUGUAGAUCAUGAACUGUUUAUUUCAUCCUCAAAGUGGCUGCUUAACAUUAGAGACUACAGCCGAAAGUACUCAAUACGACGUGAUACAUUUGCUUAUUCGAUGGG